CAGAAACAUUAUAUACCAAAUAAGGUUCCUUACAGUUGCACCUCAAGAGGAGGGAAGUGUUAAAGAAGAACCAAUUUCAGAAGUUCAAACCAGACAGACCUGGCAGUUUGACUGGGCGUUGAAUAAACUGGAUAACUCCGUCAGGAAAACUGGCCGCAUUCCUAAAACACUUCUACUAAAAAUCUUCCAUGAAAUAUGCAAAACAGGGUGUCCAGGGAGUAACCAGACCUUGCUUUUGUUGCGAAGUUGUGGUGCUCUUUUACCAGAGGUGUUGUCACCUGAAAGAACAGAACUAGCCCAUAUGAUAUGGGACAAGAUGAAAGAACUGGGUGCUGUGUAUGAUACAAGCCAUUAUAAUGCUUUACUUAAAGUCUACCUUCAGAAUGAGCACAAAUUUUCUCCGAUGGAAUUCUUGGCCAGAAUGGAGGAAGCUAAUGUGCAGCCCAAUCGAGUUACAUACCAAAGGUUGAUUGCUGCUUAUUGCAAUGAGGGUGACAUUGAAGGAGCGAGUAAGAUUCUUGGAUUUAUGAAGAGCAAAGAUCUCCCAAUCACUGAGGCAGUAUUCAGUAGCCUUGUGCAAGGUCAUGCAAGAUCAGGAGAUAUGAAGAGUGCAGAAAAUAUCCUUUCAGUGAUGAGGAUGGCUGGUGUUGAACCAGGUCCAGACACCUAUUUAUCACUGCUCAAUAUGUAUGCUGAAAAGGGUGAUGCUGAUAGCAUCAAAAAGACUCUAGAAGAGAUUGAGAAGACUGAAGGGUACCUUAUGGAUAGGAUUUUGAUGCAGGUGAUUUUUAGCCUUGCCAAGGCCGGAUAUCCUCAGUACAUCGAAGAUAUUAAAGAAUGCAUAAAAUUUGAAAGGGAAUUAAUUCCAGAUGCAAUGAACCUGUGUUUGACUCUGAUAACCCAUGGCUUCGAAGAUAUAGGUUUCCAGAUUUUGAAGUCUUUUAAUCAUUUAGCACGUGAACAUUUGGACCAGGGUAGCUUCUUCUUGCAACAUUGUGUAAAUAGAGAUAUGCCUGCGAAAAAGCUUUUGCAAUUUUGUAAUGAGUUAAAAGAAGCAAAAAUGCACUCGGCGCCGUUACCGUUUAUUUUGCGUUGUGCUUUGGAGGCCAACAGAUCAGCCUUGGCCAUUGAUGUGAUGAAGAUGAUGAAAGAGGAAGGCCUGCCCCUCAGACCUCACUAUUCCUGGCCGCUGCUCGUUGGGUUCCAGAAAGAGAAGAAUCUUAAAGGUGUCUUUGAGGUCCUCAAAGUGAUGCACGAGUUGGGGGUGGAACUUGAUGCAGAAACAUACACAGACUAUGUUUUUAAAAACUUCGCUGAUAGUGAAAGUGCCCGUGCCCAGCUGAAGAAAAAUGACUGCUUGUUUGAAACUGUUGGAUUCUCUGUAGCAGAAAUAAGAUACGAAGCAACCCAUGGGAGACUGAACAACGUUCUUUCUCUGUUGUCUUCAGCAAGCACACCUCCUGUUGAUAUUCGUCAGUUUAGAAACAGCCUCGUUUGGGGUUUUAAAAGCUCAGAUGAUGUACAUCUUUGGAGCAAGAUAACAGAACUGUUGUACAAGGAUGAACGUUAUUGCCUGACGCCUCCAGGACCAACUGAAGCUGUUGGCUAUUUUCUUUAUCACUUGAUUGACAGCAUGAGUGACUCAGAGGUACAGGCCAAGGAGGAGCGUUUGAGACAAUACUUCCAUCAGCUGAAGAAGAUGAAUAUAGUUAUCCCUACAACCCACUGCAGCGGCAUUUGCAGACUGCUGGACUCCUCUCAAGUUCCUGAAUUAAUUAAGGAUGCAAGGUUACUGUCUCAUAAAAAAUCCCUGUCUACAGACGACAUUCCAGAAAGUGCUAAAUCUGACGUGUCUGCUUUGGAGAAGAAACUGGAAAAGCGAAAAGCUGAAAACCAGCCUAUUACAGAUGUCUUGAAACAACUCAUACAUGCUCUUUGUGAAGAAGAGAAUAUGCAAAAAGCCCUUGAAGUGAAAGCCAAAUACGAACCGGACAUGGUUGUCGGUGGCUAUGCAGCCUUAAUAAAUUUGUGCUGUCGACAUGAUAAUGUAGAAGAGGCAAUGAACCUGAAAGAAAAAGUCUUCCCUAAGAAUUCACCUGUUGCUCUUGACACUGGAAAGUACGUAGCACUGGUAGAAGUCUUAGGAAAGCAUGGUAGACUAGAAGAUGCUAUUAACAUUCUAACGGAGAUGAAAGAGAAGGAUGUUCCUAUCUCAGACAGAACAGUUGCAUCUUUUUUCCGCAUUCUUAAUGCCGCUGCCAUGCGAGGUGAAGUUGAAACAGUGAAUCGAUUGCAUGAGACCAUUGUGAACUUGGGGUUGGCAGAAACUGCUGUCCUUCAUUCCCCUCUGAUUACAGUUCACCUUGAAAAGGGUGACAUGCAUGCUGCUCUGGAAGCUUUAAUCAGCUGUUACAAGAAGUAUGGUAAAAUUCUUCAGCUUCAUAACGUCUACUGUAAACUGAUAGAAAAAGGAGACUCUGAUCUUCUGCAGAAGGUUUCAGACUUUAUAAGCAGAGAAUAUGGUGACAUGAUGGCUCUUUAUGAUCUCUUCUUCGCCUUCUUGCAAACAGGAAAAUACAAAGAGGCCAGGAAGGUCAUCGAGACUCCUGGCUUAAGAGCACACUCUGGAAGGAUUCAGUGGUAUGCAAAAAGGUGUAUAUCAAAUAAUCAGAUGGAGACCUUGGAACACUUGGUAGAAUUAACUCAAAAUCUAUUUGAAUGUGAUAGAGAUCAGAUGUACUACUACCUGCUUCAACUAUGUG